AUGGAUUUUUCGAAUAUUUUCCGGCUCGUCAACAUCGCCGUUGGCGUGAUUAUGGUUCUGGGCGGUAUUAGCCAGUUCUUCCCCAUUAGCCUGAGCUCAGUUAUCGUUGGAGUCUAUGUUAUCUUGUUUGGCCUUAUUGUCGGCGCGUUGGAAUUUCUCCCGACCAUUCCGGAUUACGUGUACCGCUAUGCGUCUUUCCUCUUUUCCUUCCUGGGACGCGGUAUUUUCUACGUCUUCGUUGGAUCCAUCUUAAUACAUGACAAUACGCUGAGGAUCAUCGCUGGGUCGAUCGUGGGCUUUAUCGGAGUUGCAUACGCUGCUCUGGAGUUUAUUCCUUCCAUUGAGCCUCCGACGAACAUGCGCGAGGCCGAUCCCGGCUGGGGUGCUGAGCAGGUCUAA